AUGGUCCUCGGCUUCGAGCGCAUAAACGAGCGCACCCAACGCCCGAACGCGCACAUAAACUUCAUACGCACACUGCCCGGUCCGACAUCCUCCACAGCGGAGAGCAUACUCAAUCGUGUUGCAGCAAUAUGCUACCCUUUCAUGAAAUCUCACAUGAUCCUCGUUCAAGCUCUAGAAGAGUUUCCCUACAACACCGAGUUUGUUGGGCGCAACUUCAAUGCUGGCGAGGUUAUACAACUAGUCCUCCGGGACCGGAACGGGAGAUGGUUGCCACAGAGGAUGGUGGAGAUGGUCAUGGUGCACGAGCUCGCGCACUGCAAGCAGAUGAACCAUUCAAAGGCGUUCUGGAAGGUUCGAGAUGGGUAUGCAGUGGAAUUAAGGGCACUUUGGGCAAAGGGGUAUACUGGUGAAGGGCUAUGGGGUAGGGGUAGAGACCUGGACACAGGCCUUUUGCAGGCGAGCGACGGCGAGGCAAUGGAUGUACCCGAGCAUUUGUGUGGUGGCACAUAUGGACGUAAGGGAAAUAAGAGGAAGAGAGGUGGAAAGGGAAAGCCCGUGCUAAGCUAUGCAGAGAGGAAGCAACGGAGAAUACUGAAGAAAUUCGGAUCUGGAGGACAGGCAUUGGGCGCCGACGAUGAUACGAAAGUCAAGCUGGAGAAGGGUGUACCAAAGAAAAGCAAGCCUAGGGUCGCCAGUAGUGCGCGAGGACGUGAUCUCAGAGCAGCAGCGGCAUUAGCACGCUUCGAUCCAGUCAAGAAUGAGGAUGUCACGAUAAAGAAAGAGGAACCGUCAGACAGCGAAACAGAAGACGAGUUUGUCGAAGGCGAUCAAGACGGUGCAGCAGUAGACGUAGAUGGCAAGAGCAUGUUCGACGACAAAGGUCGCGCUCUCAUCAAGAUCUGCGAAGACGAAGACGAUAAAGAUGGCGAUGCAAGAAGGGAGCUGGAUGAGAUACAAGGGUUUGUACCGCAGCCCAAAACUGCGGCUCAUUUAUCAUCGUCUAAAGCCUCUAGCAAGGCACCAGCAUCAAAGUCCCCAAACACCAAACCGGCAUCGACGACCGCCUCCCGUCCGGCUACCACCCAUGGAUCAUCGACAAAGUUCAGUAUUUCCCUCACCGAGUGUUCCAAAUCUCGUCAUGAUUCCAGUACUUCUGCUUCACAACCUUGGCCAUCACAAAGCUUCGCCUGUCCUGUAUGUUCUCUUGAGAACGAUGCAGCGGCAUUGACUUGCGGCGCCUGCUCAAACGUAUUGAAGAAGGAUCUUGUACCAAAUCACUGGCGAUGUAAGAGCACUACUUGUGAAGGAAGUCGGUACGUCAACGCUGGAGACGCAGGUGUCUGCGGCGUCUGUGGAACGUCGAAGAAGAAAUAA